AGUAGAGAGGGCGUGUGGUCGUGCAGACGUUCUCCCCAGUUCUUCUCAACACUAUUUGCCAUGUUCAGGACAUCCCGAGGCUUUCAACCUACUCAGAUGCUCGCCCGAGCCAACAUCGUCGCUCAGCGAUCCCGUGGUCUCGCGACCGAGGUCCACGUUCAGCGGUCGGCGCCCCAGCCGCCCAUGACGCGCAAGCCGCGCGCCGAGGGAGAUAUUGGGUCUGUCUUUGCCUCCCUUUCCGGAGAGGCUGAGACUCCACUUCCUCAGCGAUUCGCAGACCUCAAGUCCGUCAUUGCGGGUGAUGAGUCCAAUCGUGCACGCAUGGUAUCCUCCUUCCGCACUCUCACCGCCCGUCUCUCCCGCGCUGCGGAAGAGAUCGAGCGCGCCGGGACGAAAGCCGUGCCCACAGUUUCCUACGACUCGGUCCUCGCCCGCGACCCCGCGACCAUUGCAGCUAUCAAGCGCUGCGGCACCGCCGUCGUUCAGAAUGUUAUUCCCCGAUCCGAGGCCGAAACCUGGCUCCAGCAGGUUUUGGCGUACGUUGCUGCCAAUCCUCAGGUGCGAGGAUUCCCAGCAGACGACAAGCAAGUAUUCGAAGUGUACUGGUCCAAGCCGCAGCUCGCCGCGCGAGGUCACCCUCGUAGUUUGGCUAUACAGCGAGCCCUGCUUUCCCUCUUCUCGCUCCCUCAGAACGCCGAGGUCUCCUUGACUCCAGUAUCGUAUGCGGAUCGCCUGCGCGUCCGGCACCCCGGUGACGCCAAAUUCGCUCUCGGGCCGCAUAUGGAUGGCGGGAGCGUCGAGCGUUGGGAAGACCCCGCGUACCGCGCUGUCUACGCGCGCAUCCUCGAGGGCAGAUGGGAGGAGUACGAUGCAUACAACCUCGAGGAGCGCGCCCGCGCCAACCAGAACCUCUACGACGGCGCAGGCGCCUGUGGUGUCUUCCGCGCAUUCCAGGGCUGGACCUCUCUCUCCGACACUGGACCCGGGGAGGGAACGCUUCGCGUCUAUCCUCUCGUCCGUGAAAUGACCGCGUACACUCUUUUGCGCCCCUUCUUCCGCGAGAAAGCUCCCCGAUCAGCUGUGUCCCGCGAGCAUUACCUCGCUGCGGACAACUGGGAGCUCGACAUCGACUCUGCCGUCUUCCCCCAGGCUCCCCUCGGCCGCUCGCAAGAGUUCAACAACGCCUCCCACCCGCACCUUGAGCUGGACCGGACCAUGGUCUCUAUCCCGCGAGUCCGGCCAGGCGACCAAGCAUGGUGGCACGCCGACGUCAUCCACGCCGUCGAGAGUGUCCACCGGGGCGCGGGACCCAGCGCCGUCAUGUACAUUCCUGCUGUGCCCCUCACCCGCCUCAACGCCGAAUACCUCCGCGAUCAGCGCGCCUGCUUCGAGGCGCGAUGCCCGCCGCCCGACUUUCCCGGUGGAGAAGGCGAGGCAUCGUUCAAGGGCACCGGCACUCCUUCUGACAUUGAGGGUGCCGACGCACGCCGUGCCAUGGGUCUUGACGCUUUCCCUGUGGCACAAGACAUGCGCGCUGGCGAGCGCGCCGUACGUCUGACCGCCAACAGCGUUCUCGGCUUGUAAUACUUGUACUGUAUCUGCUUGGUAUGCAUGUACGCGGCAUGCAUUUGCUCGGACUA